UCAACUGGAAGCAUGCCAUCUAGGAAGCGUCUAGAUAAUAAGGUCCGUCGUCGUCGCAAUCCCGUCCAGCUCAAUGAUUUCUUGCGCGGCGAUGACGAGCCAGUUCAAAUCAUAACACCACUAUCAAAUGAAUCCCACGCGCAGGUCUCCACUUCUACUCAAAAUGCCAACACAAGCUCCAUAGGCACCAUCCCAUCGAAUGGCCUGGUCGAAAGCGAUGUGACUCCUGUUAUGAGUCCCACACCGCAGCCCGGCACUUGCCACACAAAUGUUAACGCCUGGCCUUCGCCAGGAGAAAUCAGUCAGCCCGAUGGUACCUAUAAUGUGAGUAUCGAGGAGUAUCCGGAUUUGGGCAAGCGUUCAAAGAGAGCCAAGCAACCAGCGCCGAAGAUGCCAAAUUUAGAGAACGGCUCCCCUGGUUUGCGCCUUCGCAAUCGUCGUAGUCGCAUAAUAGAUCCGCCUGUGCUGGCCAACUUUUUGCCGGAUUCCGGGCUCCCGACGAAGAGCAACAGCAAGCAGCAAUCUGUGGCCAAUUGGCUAUCGUUAGUACGUCCUAGCGACAGCCAAAAGACUGUCAACGACCAGGCAAGUGGCUCUUUGAACAAGAUAACUCUGUUGAGACGGGAUUCAGUACAACAGCCAAAGCAAAAAAGUCCGGACGAGAAGUAUAUCCAACAGCAGCAGCAGAAUACUCCAGCUAAAGCCCAACAGCAGACAAGUGCGGCUAAUGCUGCCAAGGAUCAGCAGAACACAACUGAUAACUCUCCAAAGCCGCAGCAGAAGAGUUCUGACCAUUCCUUACAACAGCAGAUGGAUUCUGUCAAUUCUUCACAACAGCCGAUGGGUUCUGUCAAUUCUUCACAACAGCAGAUGAGUUCUGUCCAUACUUCACAACAGCAGAAAAGAAGCCCCGUAAGGGCUCUCUCACAGGAGCAGAAUAAAUCUUCUGGCGAUCAUAAUCAACAACAUCAGGAGAAGAAUCCUGGAAGUUCUUACCAACAGAACCAGAAGACAGGAUCUCCUGGCAAACAGCAACAGCAGCAACAGAAGGGCUCUGCCAAUACUGGGAGGAGCCAGAAGAAGCGGAAGUCUCCUAGCAUUCAACAGUCCUGGCAAAACCAAAUGGGUCCAGCAAGUUCUUCUCAGCAGGAGCAGCUCAAAUCUUCUGGCACAGUCAUAAAGCAGCAGCAGCAGCCAAAGAGUCUUGAGAAAACAUUAGAGCAGCAGCAGAAAAGUCCGAGAAAUUCUGGUCAGCAGGAGCAACUUCAGAUGAGCCCUAUCAAUCAAAGUCAGCCGCAGUCAAAGAGACCUCACAUGCCCAUUCACUCGCACACUAGGAGCCCUGAGAAGAAAGCUCCAAUGACAAACACUUCCUCGGUACCAAUCGGCGAACUCAACGAUGAGCGCAGCCAGCAGCCCACUCAAUGUUCGUGUCCCAGCAAUGUCAACAAUGAGGACGAGGACGUGGUGCCGCCGACGCCAAACCGCGAAAGUGGGAGCCUGUCGAAAAGAUUCCCACGUCGCAACCACAAACAGCGGAUGGUGCGCAGUCUGCAAGCAGUCAGCCGAGAGUUCACGCAGUCUUCGCCGGAGGGAUCACCUAAGGGAACGCCGGAGGGAUCACUUAAGGGAUCGCCGAAGGGUUCGCUGAAGGGAUCGCCGGAGGGAUCGCCGGAGCAAGAGGUGGUGCCGUGCCAACAGCAGAAGCAAUCGCACCAGGUUAAGAGCUUACCAGAAAACCAACCGAUCAGCCGCAUGCAGCAGUUGGCUAUGCGCAGCGCAUUGAACUCAAAUGCUCAGGAGUUCCGCCCAAGUCGUCAGGCCGGAGGAUCCAAUCAACGUGCCCAAGUAUCCAGAUUAAGCCGAAGACGUCGUCGCCAGCGUUAUAUGCGCUCCUUGCAUGUGCAAUCAUUGCUCCCGUCACGCGAGCUAGGACCAAGCCAAUCACUGCGACCCGUGUGCCACGUGCCCGGCUGCUGUUACUACAGUGCCCCACCACCAGCAGUCGAAUACACUUCUGAGAUAGCUGAACCGCCAUCGCCACCACCACUACCAGUCACCAUACCAGUCCAAGCCAUGAUACCGCCGCCAACGAUCAAGGUGAAUACCGUCGGCAACCCGCCGCCCAUGGUCUUCUAUAAUCCGCUGUCGGGGAAUAUUUGGAGCAACCCAUCGCCAUAUAUCCCCAUUGAAAUCCAAAACAACAUGGCCAGCCAGUCGGUUUUUCGGCUUGCCAGCCUCCCGUGCACUGGUGUGGGCACCCCCACUAUGGAUUCCUUUACCAGUUGGCCACCCCCCAACCAGCACCUCAGCCACAGCCCCCUCCCAUCCAGUAUUUCCUGGCCCAGCCAGUUGUCGAAUACCCUCAGUUCGCCCCCCCCGCUGGAGGCUCAGCAGCAGGAACAAUUGUCGCGGUCCAUCCACCAGGACGAGGACCUAUUGUACAGCAGGCCCCUGUUGGAUAUGGAUCAAGAGGAAACCCAGCCGGAGAAGCAGGACCAGGACUGGCAGUGGGAGUCAGACCUGCAGACCUCCAGGUUCCAGUCCCAGCCGCAGGUCAUCGCCGACGUACACGGCGAGCCAAACGCCGCCGUCGCUAGGGACGUGGGACCAUCGGUCGAGCCUCACAAGAUAUUCCGAGCACCAUCACAGCACGGCCAGGACUAUCCCAAGCCGGAUCUAAACUGCGUGCCGUCCAGCAUCAAGAAGCUACAUCACCUAAUUUCGUCAAAGUACUCCGACUAUUCCUUUGUUUACGCCAUGAGUGCUCAGCUCAGUCAGGACUGUGUGCCCAUGGAUUGUUAUGUGUACCUGAAGAUGGUACUGCUGGCCAGUAUCGUUUCAAUCGAAUCCGACGAGGUGCGGGCUCCGAUUUCGCUAUGCAUCAUCGCCACCGACAGCCUGAUGGCCAACCGUCUGAUGAGCAAAGUUGGCCAACUGGCUCCACGUUUCCUGGGACCCCACGACUACGGAUUGCAACCCACUUUCAGUGCUCUGCCCACCCGCUUCAGUUGGGUCGUGGCCAGUCCUUUACUAUUGGCCCAACAGGGUGUUUACUAUGCCGGCGAUUGGACUCGUCUGCCCAAGGAUCAGGGGUGCCAACUGGAAAAGUGCAUCGAAAAUGGAGCGGUCCCAGUGCCGCAAUUGCACAUCGAUCAGCCCUUGGAGGCAGCCGUUUGGACCCACUGGCAGCCAGACAACUCCAGCAAUCAGACACUGUCCCUCGCCAAAUUGUGCCCAAUCUUCGGCCUGCCCAUUUACAUGGGUGCUCAGGUCAGCAAGAGUCUCUGGAACUUAAUAAUUCAGCAGCAUAGCGCUGAGGGACAAAAUGCGGGAAACGAUGGCUUGAACAUUCCCGAGGACGACAUGCGCAUGCUUAUCCAUCUGUUGCACCAGCGCAAGACCACCUUUACCGAUGGCGCCCAGCAUAUGCUGCAAAAGUAUUAUGUGAUCUCCAGGAAAGAGCGGCCGACCGUCUUUUCCAGCAAGACGUAUGUAGUGCUGAAACAAUUUUCAGAGUGCUUUGCCAAACUGGCGCUGCGUCUGGAGGUCCUUGAGUCGGACGUUUGUGUGGCCAUCUUCCACUGCGAGCAUUUCGUGCAGAGCAUUUUCGGGGCCAAGGAACACCUAGCGCCGCCGGCGGUGGUCACUUUCAAUGUGAUCUCGCGCAUCGAUCCGUACAUGAACGAGUUCGCACGCUGGCUGCUUCAGUACUUGGAUAGCUAUGAGGACGAGGAGUUGGGGAUGCAUGCGGCCAAGAGGCGACGCACCGAUAGCUGGGACAUGCCCUAAACGUUUGGCGUAGAUUCCGAGACCAACUUGCCUUUGAUUCAGUAUAUCUGUAGAUAUGAUUCGUAGAUCUCACACUGGACCAGUUUUCAAUACCUUUUGUAGUUUUAUACAGAUAGAUUUACUUGUGUUUGUAAACAAAAUUGGCACUGAAGCCAUACAAUACUAUCUCUAAUCUAUUCACUAUAACAAACAACACCUGAAGCGUUCAAAGGCAAACACUAUAUUUGUAAACAUUUGUUCCCCCCCCCACACACACACGUUACCAUAUAACUUGAUUCAUUCGGUAUAUGUUUUGUGUAUAUCGUAUGCUGAUCGCGGAUAGUUCCAAAAGUUCUAUUCGCGAAAAUCAAGAGCCAUUGUUUCAAUAAUCUUGUACCGGAUCGUUGGUAAUCGUUAAUCAACGUUCUUUAUGGUAUUUUUCGGGAAACUAAAUAUAUUCAAAAUUGUUUUUGGUACAAGUAUUCAAAUUAAAUGUGUGGCCAUGAAUAUGUAUAAACA